CCCAGCCUGGGGAGACAGGACAGACCUGCCCCACUCACUGUUUCCCCUGCCGCUCCUGCCGGCAGCUCGAACCAUGGGAGGCCGCGUCUUUCUCGCAUUCUGUGUCUGGCUGACUCUGCUGGGAGCUGAAACCCAGGACUCCAAGGACUGUGCCCGGUGGUGCCCUGAGAACUCCUCGUGUGUCAGCGCCACCGCCUGUCGCUGCAAUCCAGGGUUCAGCUCUUCAUCUGAGAUCUUCACCUCCCCCACGGAGAUUUGUGACGACAUCAAUGAGUGUGUGCCACCAUCAAAAGUGUCUUGCGGAAAAUCCUCGUACUGCAGGAACACAAAGGGGAGCUACGACUGCGUGUGCAACCCGGGGUAUGAGCUUGUUUCUGGGGCAAAAUCAUUCAAGAAUGAGAGCGAGAACAUGUGUCAAGACGUGGACGAAUGUCAGCAGAACCCAAGGCUCUGUAAAAGCUACGGCACCUGUGUCAACACCCCCGGCAGCUUCACCUGCCAGUGUCUGCCUGGCUUCAAGUUCAAACCUGAGGACCCGAAGCUCUGCACAGAUGUGAAUGAAUGCACCUCCGGACAAAACCCAUGCCACAGCUCCACCCACUGCCUCAACAACGUGGGCGGCUAUCAGUGCCGCUGCCGCCCGGGCUGGCAACCGAUUCCAGGGUCCCCCAAUGGCCCAAACAAUACCGUCUGUGAAGAUGUGGACGAGUGCAGCUCCGGUCUGCAUCAGUGUGACAAUUCCACCGUCUGCUUCAACACCGUGGGUUCGUAUACCUGCCGCUGCCGCCCAGGCUGGGAGCCCAAACACGGAAUCCCGAAUAACCAAAAGGACACUGUCUGUAAAGAGAUGAAUUUCCCCACCUGGACCCUGCCCCCUGGAGUCCACAGCCAGACGCUUUCCCAAUUCUUCAACAAAGUCCAGGACCUGGACAGAGACUUCAAGACAAACUCAGCCAAUGUCACCAUCCAGAACCUCAUCAAAUUGGUGGAUGAACUGAUGGAAGCUCCUGGGGACAUAGAGGCCCUGGCCCCAUCUGUCCGGCACCUCAUAGCCACCCAACUGCUCUCAAACCUUGAAGACAUCCUGAGGAUCCUGGCCAAGACCCUGCCUGAAGGCCCCUUCACCUACCUUUCCCCUUCGAACACAGAGCUGACCCUGAUGAUCCAGAAGCAGGGGGACAAGAACGUCACUAUGGGUCAGAGCAAUGCACGCAUGAAGCUGAAUUGGGCUGUGGCAGCUGGAGCCAAGGACCCAGGUAGCAGUGGCCCGCAAGCCCAGGACCUAAGAGUGAGCUCCAGGCCAACCUCUCUGACCAUCCCCAUCUGCCCACAGGACGUGAUGCCUGGGCCACGGCAGGAGCUGAUCUGUGCCUUCUGGAAGAGUGACAGCAACAGGGGAGGGCACUGGGCCACUGAGGGCUGCCGGGUGCUGGGCAGCAAGAACGGUAGCACCACCUGCCAAUGCAGCCACCUGAGCAGCUUUGCGAUCCUCAUGGCUCAUUAUGACCUGGAGGACUGGAAGCUGACCCUGAUCACCAGGGUGGGACUGGCGCUGUCACUCUUCUGCCUGCUGCUGUGCAUCCUCACCUUCCUGCUGGUGCGGCCCAUCCAGGGCUCGCGCACCACCAUACACCUGCACCUCUGCAUCUGCCUCUUCGUGGGCUCCACCAUCUUCCUGGCUGGCAUCGAGAACGAAGGCGGCCAGGUGAGGUCCCGCCCGGCUUUCGUGACUACCGUCUGGAAGCUCACUCAGAAGUUUUCUGAAAUCAAUCCAGACAUGAAGAAAUUAAAGAAGGCGAGGGCGCUGACCAUCACGGCCAUCGCGCAGCUCUUCCUGUUGGGCUGCACCUGGGUCUUUGGCCUGUUCAUCUUCGAUGAUCGGAGCUUGGUGCUGACCUAUGUGUUCACCAUCCUCAACUGCCUGCAGGGCGCCUUCCUCUACCUGCUGCACUGCCUGCUCAACAAGAAGGUUCGGGAGGAAUACCGGAAGUGGGCCUGCCUAGUUGCCAGCGGGAGCAAGUACUCAGAAUUCACCUCUACCACGUCUGGCACUGGCCACAAUCAGACGCGGGCCCUCCGGGCGUCAGAGUCUGGCAUAUGAAAGCACAUGGUUCUGGACGGUCCAGCAGCUCCUGUGGCCGCAGCAGCUUUGUACACGAAGACCAUCCAUCCUCCCUUCGUCCACCGCUCUGCUCCCUCCACCCUCCCUCCCUAAGCCCCGUGUGUGCCACCAGGAGGGAGUGGCAGCUAUAGUCUGGCAUCAAAGUCCAGGACACCCAGUGGGGUGGAGCCAGAGCCACUGGUCCUACUGCUGGCUGCCUCUCUCCUCCACCUUGUGACCCAGGGCAAGUACAGGGGCUGGCCCAGGGCUGCAGCGUGUUGCCUUGGCACCUGGGGCUAGUACUCAGGACAGACUGAGGGCUCGUCCCGGCCUGGACUUUUCCUCUCACGUCUGCUGCAGAACUGAAAAGACUAGGUGCUGGGGCUCAGCUUCCUUCUUAAGCGAAGACUGAUGUCAGAGGCCCCAUGGCAGAGCCCCUUGGGGCCACUGCCUGAGGCUCACGGUACAGAGGCCUGCCCUGCCUGCCCAGGCAGGAGGUUCUCACUGUUGUAAAGGUUGUGGAUGUUGUGUAAUGUGUUUUUAUCUGUUCAAACUUUUCAAUGUUGACACUUAAAAUUAAACACAUGCAUACAGAAGA